AUGGACAUUCUUAAUAACGGACCUACUGCAAGACGCCCUUUAACACCAGAUUCACGGUGUUCAAUUUGUUUUGAUGAUGUAACCAAUAAAUGUUAUACAAAUGCAUGUUUGCAUUUGUUCUGUUUUGAAUGUUUACUACGAUGGUCGUAUUCUGAACCAACUUGUCCAUUAUGUAAGAAAACAUUUAAUUAUAUUUAUCAUUCAUUUGGUGAUCUGGGCGUCCAUGAGACAUACGCUGUUCUUAUAACAGAUAGACUCCCAUGUCCAACUCCGAGGAGUCCUAGAAGUCCAAGUCCAAAUAACGUACGGCCAAUUAGUGAAAUGCCAAAUGGUAACAGAAUAUUCAAUGGUACGAAUUCCGUUGAGAAUAUUAACCGCGAAAAUGAAAUAAUGAUGAGUACCUUGUGGAGUAUAUACGACUUGGACGAAGUGGACAAUAAUUAUGAUCAGUUGUAUCAUCAUUCAUCUCAGAACUAUCCACGUCUUACUUCACAACGGCAAAUCAUUGGUCAAGCAAUCAGAAUGCAAGUGUAUAUUGAAAAUCUGUGGGCUGAACCGUUACCCGAUACAACUGGCCGAUUCAGACACUGUAGCCCAGCUUUCUAUAGAGAUAAUCCAACACAAAUGUACAGAUUGCAUAAAUUCAUUCUAAGAGAUGUCGUUGCCAUAAGACAAUGUUUAAGAUUAAAUGAUGAGCGUCAGUCCUUGCCUAACCCUGAGAACACUGAUAUUAAUGUGACAACUAUGAUAAUGCGAUUACUAAUAGCUUUUGGAAUAAGAGAAUUACAUUUGUUUAACAGCUUAAGACGUUACCUGGAUGUACAUGCAGCUCCAUUUUAUCAGGAACCAUUACCACCAAUCAAUGUUGUUGGUGUAACCGUUGCACUCGAGACAGAUAAUGUAGAAGUUAGAGUUAAUACUGAAGACUCUGAUGUUGAAAGUCUAAGUCACUACAUCAGUUCUAUUGAUCUACUUAAUUCUGCCUCUAUGGACCAACCAUCUACAUCAUCUGGAAUUCGGGGUCCAUUAGAUCGACCAAUCAACAGGGGACGAAGAACAUCUAGUUCUGAAUCUGAAUAUGGUGGUUUACCUCGAAUAUCAUUUCAACCUCGAAUAAGAAGAGGCAGUCCUAAUUGA